CCGUACAGGUGACCCAAGAUGGCCGACUUUGGAAAGAAAGAGCGCGAAUUUGAACUGAAUCGGUGAAUAUUGACAGAUUUUAUGCCUUUGAUGUGGACUUCAACAAGUUAGAAUGUCGUCGGAUGAAGUAAACUUCCUUCGGGAGCAAGUGCAACGUCUGAAUGCUGUCCUCAGUCAGUACCAGGAUAGAUACCUGCCAGUCCAUGGGGGAUCAGGGGAGGGGGGUCUCUUUGCCCCAGACGACCCCCCUGCCCAGUGGCUGACUGACCGUAGCCUGCUGUCCCCCCUGCUGGCUGAGUACGACCAUGUGAUGCAGACACAGAAGGACCAGCUCCAGCAGUGCCGGGCUGAUCAGGCCAGGCUGAAGGACAGGGUGGAGCAGCUGGUCACAGAGAACAACAGGUUACAGCAAGAACUGCAUCAGAAUGUGCAGUCCCAGCUGGAGUUAGCCAGGGUUCAGGCAGGGGGCUCUUUUGCACCCGAGGAGGGAGACCCACUCAACAACCUGCAAGAGCAGCUACAGCUGGCAAACCAGGAAAAGGACCAUGCGAUGGACCUGUGGCGGUCAGCCCAGAGGGAGCUGGACAGGGUACAGCAGGAGAAAAAGGAACAGCUGCAGGAUUUCCAGCUGAAGACAGGACAGCAUCAGGCCAGCUCUGCACAGCUUAGGAUCCUGAACCAGAAGUGCCAACAGCUACAACUAGCCAAUCAGAGACUAGAACAGGCAACUCAGCAAUAUAUUGCAACCAUUAAUGGCCAAAACACUGAGAUGGACAGAUUGAGAGAAGAGCUAAAGAAGGCCAAACAUGAAGCUCACACCAGUGCCAUCCAACUCACCGAGACACGCAAAACUCUGGAGGACCUGCAUAACCAGCUGAAAGGAAGGGAGCAGGAGAACAGUGAGGCCCUGGGCAGGGAGGAGGCAGCAGGGAGCAGGCUGAAGGAGGUGCAGACUGUUGCCAUGGACCUGGAGAUGAAAAUUGCGGAUGCCAUCAGGGAAAUUGAUGGUCUCCAGAAGGAGAAGAAGAAACUUGAGGACAGAGUGUCUUCUCUCCUGUCCAAGAACUCGGACCUGGAGGAGCGUGAGUUUGAGGUGACGGAGAAGGUGCGAGACAGUGUCCAGAUGGUGGAGAAUGCACUGUUGGAGAGGGACCAGGCCAUUGUCCGUGAGAAGCAGAAUGCACAGGAGAUCCAGAGACUUCAGGCCAUGCUGGCAAAACUACUGAAUGAAGCUGGGGCAAGGACCAGGAAGGAGGUGGACAGUGUGAGAGAACAGUGCAAUAAGAACUUGGAGAAACUGAUGGAGGAAAUCCAUGGACUGGAGAUGGAGGUUGGGCAGAAACAGGCACAGGUGGACCGCGCCAUUAGGGAGAAAAGGGCAGUAGAGGGGGAGCUGGAAAAGGUGUACAAGUCAGGAGAGGGGGAGGGCGGACAUGCGUCUGAGCUUACAAACAGGCUGUUCAAUGCUGAGAGAGCCAGAGACGAGGCUGACAUGAACCUCAGGUCACUGCAGAAGAAACUCAAGAAAAUGGAGGAUGACAGGGACCAGAACAGACAGCAGCAUGAGGCCAUCCUGUCCCAGACGACCAGCCGUGUGGACUCCCUGCGCCAGGACUGCGAGGACCUCACCAUGGACAAGAUACAACUGCAGGAGGAGAUCAGCAAACUGCGGCAGGAGGCCAACAACGGCAGGAGGCAGGGGGAGGAGGCACAGAGGAAGGCAGCAAGACAGGUGGCAAUGCUAGAACAGGAACACAAGCAGAGAGAACGUGAGUUUCUGGUGAAGUUAGAAGGAACAGAAGACGCCAACCGACACUCCAUGUCUGAACUCAGGAAACUGCUUACUGCACAACAGAAGAUGAAUGCCAAAUGGAGAGAAGAAUCCAAAAGUCUUACCAGAAAAUUUGAGGGCAAGCUUUCAGAAUUAAGGUCUGAACUCAGCAGACACAAGAAGUACAACGAUGAACUGCGGGACUUGUUAGAAUCCAGCCAACAGAAAAACGCAGAGCUGGAGAGAAGGCUUGGUGAGUACAAAGAGCAGAAUAAUCGGCUACAACAGAGACUACGAGAUGCAGAAAACAGGGUGACUAAGUUGUUAGAACAACCCCAGGGAGGUGCAAGGGAUGCUGGGAGUCUCAAAUCUAGGAGCAGAGGUUUCGAUCCCAGUUUACUGCUGUCAGACUUGAAAACAUCCACAUACCUGGAAUAAAAGUUUCCUCCACCCAAACUACCCACAGAAACUUAAAUUGCAUGUAGAAAAAUGUGCAAUGAAAUCCCAGGCCUGAUUCCAUGUCUUUUUGCAUAUCCAUUCUCCUGUCGAUUGUUCUCCAUCUUUUUGUGUGUCUGCCUGUAGCUCACCAGUCCUAUACGCCCCCUAUGCUUCCAUGUAAUAGUAGCCUGAAUCCCUGAGCCUUGCUAGGUUUAGAGUUGACAAGGCAGCAAUAAGUGAGUUCUGACAAAAACUAACAAGGCUGGUCUUCAGGCUACUGUUACAGUAAUGAAUCAUCAUGGGGUUUACUGUGGUCAAAAUUCAUUGUUUCAUCAUUACUGAUCCUAGCUUUGCAACUUGGUUUGCAAUUGGUCCUACUCUCUGUAUUCAUCUGUAGUAGUACCAUAAUGUAUAUUCACACCAGGAAUACUGAUGUGUCCAUGCUCAAAUAUUUUCAAGUUCCAACAUGAAGUAAUGGUCUUGGGACCUUGCAGGCAAUAAUGUUAUGAAUUUUAGGUAAAAAUUUCUGUCGAACCUGUAAUUUUGAGGGUUUCAGGGGAAAAUAGUUUUGUACCAUGAUCUUCAUUGAUAAGGGAAUGUGGCAUUUUGUUCACAAAUAUACUCAGGAAAGUGUGCGUGUUGAUAUGACUUCAUAAUUAGAAAUCAUAGUCCACACAUUUAGUUUCUUGUUUCAUGAUGCAAAUUGAAACUUAACUCGUUUAU